AUGCCGCGUCCUCGUUCUAGCUAUUUCAACAACAUGAUUUGGCGGCGGCCGUGGAUUCGCACCCGCAUCGACAAGUUUGUCGAAUUUACGAAAGAUGGAAAAAACGGCUGGAUUGUCAUCAUCCUCCGUGAGACCAACGAGUUGAUCGGCAACGGUGGUUACAACACCUUCGAGACCGUGGACCCCACUGGAUUUCUCGCCGGCAAGACCACACUUUCGUCGGGAGAUAGGCGCAUGACGGACUUCGGCAUCAACAUUGAUCACCGACAUUGGCGUAAAGGCUACGGUCUCGAGAUCCUCGAGGCGUUGAUUGAACAUGCUCGAACCGAAUUGGGCUGUGAGGUGUUCAGGAUUGAAACGGGUGAUGACAACCAGCCAUGGAGGUCACUUAUGCGUGCCGCCGGCCUCGGUCAGUUCGAGUCACGCCACAAAGCUAGCUACGAUGCCAAUCAGGAGGUUUGGGCGUGGAAGUUUGACGCAGGUCACUGGGAAAAGUCGAAGACCAAGCUCAAGGGAGAUGGGAAGUGGCUGGUUUGA